AAGUACAACAUAAUACAUCAUCAAUGUUUUCAUUUUUUUUGUAAAACGUUAACAGAAAAAGCUAGCAAUUUAAUACAAUUUAUACUUAUGUUAAAAUAGAGUUCAAAAAUUUUUUUUUUCAAAAUUUUUUUUGAUUUCUGUUUAUUCAAAUGCAGGAUAAAUUAGAUGACGUACGGCAAGAAGCUGCUAAAAUCAAUUCGAAUUAUAUUUAUCUGAUGCGGAAAGGGCCUUCUGCAGUUUUUUUAAAAGAUUUUGAAGAUGAUACCGUUUAUGUGGAUGAAAACGACAAUAGCAAAGAAAAGAUUAACGAACAAACACCCGAUGUUUUGAGAGAAUUCUUUUCAAAAAUAGACGUUUUAAAACAAGGUAUCGUAGAUUUAGAAAGCUAUACUAAAGAAAUUCGAUCCAUGAAGGAAAAAGCUAUUAUUUCAAGUAUACAAACUGAACAAGAAGAAAUAAGUAAUGCUCUGACCAACGUUUUAGCCAAAUCUACUAAAGCGACAUCUACAUUGAAAACAAAGCUAGAUAGUUUGAAUAAAGACAACGAAACAUUCGAAGCGAAAAAUCCGAAUAGUGCACAAACAAAAAUAAGAAGAAAUACUCAUGCAGCUAUUGCAAGGAAAUUCAGAGAUACAUUGAAGGAUUUACAGUUAGCUCAAACUGAAUAUAAAAAGGAAUUACGGGAGAAAUUUACUCGUCAAAUCGAGUUAGUCGUUCCUGGAAGCACUGAACAGGAAGUCUCAAAAAUGAUUGAUAGUGAUGUAUCACCCAUGUCUAUUUUACGAACCGAACUUCUACAAGAUGUUCACGAAGAUACUACAAACGCGCUAUCUAAUAUAGAAAGAAAGUACGAAGAUAUUCGGCUUUUAGAAAAAAAUGUGACCGAAAUGCAUCAAAUGUUUGUUGAUAUUGCAACUUUGGUUGGCGCUCAAGGCGAGUUGUUAGAUCAAAUUCAAUUUUCUGUCGAUUCCGCUAAAGAUUACGCAGAAAAGGGUCAAAAAGAAAUCGUUGCCGUUCGAGAGACACAAAUUCGUGUAAAACGAAGAACGUUUUGUAUAAGCAUAUGCAUAACAGGUGUUGCUAUGGUGGUUCUACUUGUAUGUUUAAUCGCUUUACAGCGUUAAAUAUUUUGAAAAUAUAUAAGAAGCAACUUCAAUAAUUUUGUAGUUUUUUUUCAACUUAGUCUAGCUAAAAAAUUUUUAGGUUUCUCAAUAAGCAAAAGGUCACAGCAAACCACAACCAAAACAUGUGGGUUAGUGUGGAAUCGAUAUGACUAGCUAGUGUUUUUGCUAUACAGGAGAACCCUAAUGAGCUUGAAGAAUUAUAACUUUUUGUUAGUUUUCAUUUUAUGAAUGAAAUAUGAAAUAUAUAAAAAUAGCUUAACAUAAUCA